GACGUAUCAGACUAACGGAAUCCAGACCCGGUCCCCGUCAAGUCCGCGACAACAUGUCCACGGACGAGGCAGCGGGUCACCGCGAGGAAGGGGAAUAUGGAAGGGCGGCGAAGCGCCUGAAAACCGACAAGCCGGGGCCGGAGGAUGAGCUGGAGGAGGGGGAGGACUCGGACAGUGGCUCCCUGCCCGGGAACGGAGAGGCAGAGAGCCGGGCCCGGUGGAGAGGGGGCCAGAAGGAUAAUGUUGAAGACUCCCAUCUCAUCUCGCCUAGUCCUGUGGUCCAUGUCAGGGGUCUUUGUGAGGCUGUGGUGGAGGCUGACCUCAUCGAUGCGCUGGAGAAAUUUGGAGCCAUAUGUUACGUGAUGAUGAUGCCCUUCAAGCGUCAGGCCUUGGUAGAGUUCUCUGCAGUGGAGAGUGCUGACCGCUGCGUGUCCUGUGGAGCCAAGGAGCCGGUUUACAUUGCAGGACAACAGGCUUACUUUAACUACUCCACCUCAAAGAGAAUUACAAGACCAACAAAUGCUGACAACCCAAACAGUGGCAACAAGGUUCUCCUGCUGUCCAUACAGAACCCUCUCUACCCCAUCACCACGGAUGUUCUGUACACCGUUUGUAACCCCAUAGGCAGUGUGCUGAGGAUCGUCAUCUUUAAACGAAAUGGGAUUCAGGCCAUGGUUGAAUUUGAGUCGGUUCAGGGAGCUCAGAAGGCCAAAGCAGCACUAAACGGGGCUGACAUUUAUGCUGGUUGCUGUACGCUCAAGAUUGAAUAUGCCAGGCCAUCACGUCUUAAUGUAAUAAAGAAUGAUAAUGAGAGCUGGGACUACACUAAACCGUACUUGGUCAGACGAGAACGUGGAAAGGGAAGACGACAGGCUAUUUUAGGAGAACACCCAUCAUCCUACACUGAUAAUGGUUAUGGUCUGGCCUGCCCCCUGCUGCCUCUGCCCAGCAGCAGCAGGUACAAGCUCUCCUCGAUGGACGUUCCAGAUAUGGUGUCCUACCCAAUGCCACAGGUAUCUUCAUCGUACUCCGGCCACGCCUCCAGCUCUGUAGCAAUGGUGAGUGGCCUCCAUCCGUCCAAGAUGAACUGCGCCCGCAUCUUCAACCUCUUCUGCCUCUAUGGCAACAUUGAGAAGGUGAAGUUCAUGAAGAGUGUUCCAGGUACAGCAUUGGUAGAGAUGGGUGAUGAAUAUGCUGUGGACAGAGCUAUUACACACCUCAACAGCAUCAAGCUGUUUGGAAAAAGACUCAAUGUUUGUGUGUCCAAGCAGCACGCCGUGAUCCCCAGUCAGGUGUUUGAGUUGGAGGAUGGCACCAGCAGUUAUAAGGAUUUUGCCAUGACCAGGAACAACCGGUUUAGCAGCGCUGGACAAGCCUCUAAAAACAUCAUCCAGCCCCCGUCUGCUGUGCUACACUACUACAACGUUCCUCCAUGUAUAUCAGAGGAUCGUCUGCUUAAGCUUUGUAUGGAGCAUGAUGUUCCUGGCUUCAUCAAAUUCAAAAUGUUUGAUGCCAAACCCUCCUCUAAGACCAUCUCUGGCUUGUUGGAGUUUGACAGUAAGACGGAAGCUGUGGAGGCUCUUACUGUUCUCAACCACUAUCAGAUUAGGAUACCCAAUGGCUCCAACCCUUACACUCUAAAACUGUGUUUUUCAACCUCAUCUCAUCUAUAAAAAAGCAAGAAGAGGCCGUGGAUGACUGCUCGUGAACUGGAGGAGGACGAGGACAGCAGAGACAAACAUGGACAUUAUGAAAGACAAAGAAUGAUCAAGACGGGUCCUUUAAUGGAGAUAAAGGAGGUAGAGGGUGUGAAGAUGGAAAAACCAUGUCUCCAAAAUAUUAACACCCAUUGUUUAUCCUCCCAUUCACAACUGAGAGCACUGACCACCUGCUGACUGAAACACUGUUCUUGACAUUUUGAACCAGUUGUUCAAGAUGGAGGACGUCGGUCACAGAGUCUUCAAAACUGUCUGACUGGUAGAGAAGGACCCACUGUUGGGAGAUCAUCAUAUAAACUGGAACCUUCCUGAAGGAGGCUCACACUUCUCUAAUAGUACUGAUCCACAUAAAUGUAUAGUUCAGUAAUAUUUAACUUUUUAAGGAAACUAGAUGAAAUCAAUGUUUCGUUUUCAACUAAUAUUGAAAGAAAUGAAGUAAAUGCGGGCAUGGUUUCGACAAAUUUUUAUUUAAUGUCACCUUUUUCAGCUGACACUAGGUAUCUGAAAAAAAAUCAGAAACAUCUUAUUUUAAAGGGAUACUCCAGCAAUUUGAAGUGAGGUUUUAUGGAAAACGUCAGAAUUCUGUGUAAAAAAACAACAUAAAACCAUACAUGAUGAAAUUGAGGGUGGUGUAAAAGUUCAUGAAAUUGGUUUAGC